GUACAAUACUAUUCCAUGAUCAUCAAUCCGAUAGACGACCGCCAAAUAAAAAUGCCGUUUGGAUAAAAGCAACCACACUCCGUCGCUGCGUCACCCUUCCACCGUUUUCGGUUAAGCCUCAAAAUGGAAAAUAAUAAGCUAAUAACAGAGAAACAAAGAACCUGCUGGAAACUAGUAAUAACCCAACUUUGAAAAAAAACCAAGAAAAAGUGAUUCUCUCUUUCUUUUCUAUACCGACCAUUUCCAAAACGCCACACUCACCAGCUUCCCUGAUGUCGCUUGCAUCGUUCUCGAUCCUCCGCCACCACCACCGCACGGUGGUGUCUCCCGCCUCAUCACUCCCAACUCUCAACACCAUCCUCCACCGUUGCUUCCGGUGCCUCCCGUUCGGCGCGGCGGCGGCCACCGCCAGACACCACCGAAACCCUAACCAGCAACGGCAACAGCAACCCCCAAGCAAGAACCUCCUGAAAGCAAAGCAAACCUUCAAAAAGUUCUCCUCCUCCUUGGCUCCCGUCCUCUCCCUCGAGGAUUCGCCUCCCUUGUCCGACUCUCAAGCCGUCGGCAUCGUCGCAGCCUCCCAGGCCAACUUCAUGCGCGUCAUCGUCCAAGAACAAGAACCUUCCAGAACGAAACUUCCAGAAGCCUCUUCUUCUUCUUCGGCUGGCUUGGAGCUACUGUGCGUGGUGAGGGAGCUGCUGAAGAAGAUAAAGCGGAGAGUGAUGGUUGGUGACAAGGUUCUAGUAGGUUCCAUUGACUGGGUUGAUCGAAGGGGCAUGAUCGAGAAUGUGUUCCAGAGGGAUAACGAGAUUCUUGACCCUCCCGUCGCCAAUGUUGAUCACCUGCUUGUGCUUUUUUCGCUUGACCAACCCAAGGUUGAGCCGUUUAUGCUCACAAGGUUCCUUGUUGAGGCCGAGUCCACUGGUAUUCCUCUCACCCUUGCGCUCAAUAAGAUUGAGCUUGUGGAUGGAGAGGCUGUAAGUUCGUGGAAGUCUAGGUUGCGCAGCUGGGGCUAUGAGCCUAUUUUCUGCAGCGUGGAGUCUGGACAUGGACUUGAUCUACUUGCAUUCAAAUUGAGAGACCAAACAACCGUGAUCGUAGGUCCUAGUGGAGUUGGGAAGUCUAGUUUGAUCAAUGCCCUCAGAAGCAAUCCCCGUGUUUGUGAUGCUGAAGAAGGGGAGAAUUGGUUCGAACCCAUUUUAGGUAGCAAGUGGUUUGAAGAACAGAGAGUUGGGGAGGUUUCAACAAGAAGUGGCAGAGGGAAGCAUACUACUCGCCAUGUCUCUUUGCUUCCAUUGUCUGGAGGGGGUUAUCUUGCCGACACACCUGGAUUUAACCAGCCUAGUUUAUUGAAAGUGACAAAGCAGUCUCUUGCACAGACUUUUCCCGAAAUCAGGAAAAUGGUUAGUGCCAAUGAGCCUGCAAAAUGCUCAUUUAAUAAUUGUCUACAUCUGGGUGAACCUGGGUGCAUUGUGAAGGGCGAUUGGGAAAGAUAUUCAUACUAUUUUCAACUGCUUGAUGAGAUCAGAAUCAGAGAGGAGUUCCAGCUAAGGACAUUUGGAACUAAAAGAGAAGGUGAUGUAAGGUAUGAAAAGCAAGUUAAAAAUUAUGAAUUAUACACAGUACUGGGAAUUCCUUUUAACAAUUAUAAUCUAAUAUACAUUAGUUUCCAUAUAUUAUGACAUGAAAGUAGGAUC